AGUAUAGCAUAUAUUAAUCAAGUUAUAAAUAUUAUUCUAAAUUGACGAUAUGAAUGAAACAGGCAAUUUCCAUGCCAUUGGACGAAAUUUUACCGGAUCUGUUCAUAAGUGGACUUCAUUUUACAAAGCGCCACUUCCUAGACGAGAAAGGAAUUAAAACCGUCCUGACGAUUAGAGAGUUUGCACUUCCUUUUGAACCCAACUGUGACAUUGUUUAUCAUCAGGUCAACAUAACUGACACAGCUGAUCAGGAUCUCUUCAAACAUUUUGCCAACAUUGUCGAUAUCAUAUCCAAUGGUCUUCAGCGAGGAAAAGUCCUAGUCCAUUGUCAAGCGGGAAUGUCCAGAAGCGUAUCCGGGAUCAUAUCUUAUAUGAUAUCUGUUUUCAAAUUAGACUAUCAAACUGCCCUAAAAGUGAUAAGAGAAAAUCAUCCCAUGAGUUUUCCGAAUCUAGGAUUUGGAAAACAGUUGGGUAGUUGGGAGCAACAUACAAAACCAUCAUGGACAGCCACACCAGCAUAUAUCUAUCACAGAGAUAAGAUUUUGGACCAGGCAAACACAACCCAAUUUUCUACAAUAACAAAGAUAUUGAAGGGCAGAAAAUGAAUAUGGCUGUUGGCCAUAUCCUAGAAAACUAUAUGUUUUGGGUUGUGUGAGACACUGAUAGAGUAUUUGUAUAGUAUAGUGAAUUCAGGCACUGUUUGUUAAAUUGUUGUAUUUUUGUAUUAUUGUUGUUCUUGUUUUUGGCGAAUUUUGCCAUCCAUAGAUUAUGGCUACUUGAUAUAGGGGGGGGGGGGGGGGGGGGGGGGGGGGGGGGGGGGGGGGGGGGGGGGGGGGGGUUCAAGAGGUCUGCUGUUUAACUCCGUAAUUUUCUGACCCAGCAGAUGAUUGUAAAAUUAAAUUCGGUCUUUCAAGUCGCAGGUAUUGGUAUUGCUGUUUGGAUAUUUUUGUUCAUCUAGGACCUUGGUGUUCAUCCAGGCAUCCAUGUUCUGAAGCAGAUUUUAGUCAUAUUAUUGAUAAUUUGAACACUUUAUGUAAUCAUAUUAUGGUAAUAUGAGCUCUUGACGUAUAAUAACGGACGAUGGAGAUUGGAGAAGGGGCUAUAAAUUCGGCUGUCGUGAUAUUUGGAUGGCCUAAAUGUUUGCAUUACUUAAGAUUUAUUUGAUUAUUCUCUUAUUUUUUAGACCUUGACUUCUGUAGAUUAAAAUAUCCGACGCUAACUGUAAAUUGUUUUUGGGUUUUUAAUAAACUUUCAUUUUGCCUCGAAUUUUCAAUGAUGUACAGUGAUUGUAAUGAAUAGAAACUAUUUUAGUUAUGGGAAUUUGUUUG